AUGAAGCGUGCAAUCUUGAAAGGCCCCGCAGCUUCUGCAGCGUCCUCUGCAUGCCCUGGACCAGUUGACUGCAGUAUCAUCACUGUUCUUGCGAAAGACUACAGAGGCUUAAAGGAACAGCCCUCGCCGGCAAAGUUCAAGGGCGGCCUGGCCCAAGUCUACGUGCGCAGUGCCCCGUAUGGAGGAUCAGACAAGAGCUCUAACGGACAUCGCUAUGAUUCAAUCACUUUCGCAAAUGGGAUGAUGGAAUCGGGCAUGAGCUGUCAGUUAAUACACUACGUGCAUCAAGAGCACGACAAGUUCUUCGAGUUGUGUACAAAGCUUGACUUCAUCAUUGUGAGGUGCAAUCCAGGGCAGAUCAAGGCGGAUGGGGGGGACCAACAAAAGUUUGAUGACGGGAUGAGAACCUUGAGGAAGCGGGGCAUUCAGAUCUGGCCGUCGCCUGAUGUCAUGGAGAAGAUGGGGGCCAAGGAUGCACUGUGCAAGGUGGCGAACAUGAGUAUUGGCUUGCCUGACACGCUAGCGUACUACACCGAGCAGGAAUUUGCUCAAGGCUUCAAGAAGACUAUGGCUUUUCAACCACGUGUUAUCAAGCAGAACCGCGGGUCCUCGGGUGAGGGCAUUUGGAUAAUCAAGCUCGCUGACGGCAACUACUGCAAGGAGUACGGUGAGCGAUCCUGCGACGAUGGCGAGGUGCUGAAGCUGAUGGAGGCUAACGACAAUCACGAAGAAACGCACACCGUGGCGGAAUUCAUUGAGUUCUGUGUGAACGGCCGCAGUGCAUCGUCUGGCAGUUGGGCUUCAAAAGGAGCUGGAAAGUAUUUGGAGGGGGGCAAGGAAGCUGGGGGACAGCUUGUUGAUCAGAGAUUCUGCCCGCGCAUAGUGGAAGGUGAACUUCGCUACAACUUGAUCGCCGACAGCCUUGUCGGAAUCAUUCACAAAAAGCCCAAAGCAGGAGGCAUUUCUGCAGUGGGAGGCACAGGUUCUGUGUACACAUAUUUUGGACCAGAUGAAGCGCAGUACCUGGGAUUAACGCGCAACUUCCUUGAAAAAGAUCUGCCUUUGGUCAUGCCAGCCUUGGGGCUACCCGAUGAACCCAUCCCACUUUGGUGGACAACCGACUUCAUCAACUCAUCUCCCGAGGGCACGGCACCGGAGAAGGAGAAAUGGAUUGUUGGCGAAUUCAACUGCUCCUGUGUCGGCAUAUCUCGCUGCCUCGCUGCCUACUGCAAGGACGACACGCCGAACGCGAGCUAUGACGACAUCUCUGCUGAAGACAAGGCUGAAGCGGACAAGUAUGGAAAGCUGAUGGGCGAAAAGGCAUUAGCCAUUCUAAGCAAGAGAUGA